CAGGUUCAAGCGCACGCGUGUAUGAGAACGAUAGGACGGUUUAGUCGAAGAGAAAGACGAACAUAAGUUCCUAUCCAGUCGAAGUAACAGCAUCAAACAGAGACAGAAAACUUAGAAAAGCGUCAUUCGUGCACGCGAAACCAACCGAGAUCGGACUCGCCAUCUGUCGAUCGAGCUGGUAGUGUUUCGUGAAGACUCCGACGUUACAGUGGUUCCUGGAGUUACCGCAGUGUGGCGCUAGUGUGGACUGUUAGUGGCGCGGAAACGUUCAGCGAAAUUAUACAACACAGCUUUUUCGUACACGCCGGAGAAGGAUAAAGGAGUGCAUCGACAGGAGUUCGGAGCGAGAGGAAAACUGUGUUCCCGUAUACACAAACGUAGCUAUCGUACGCACACGAUCGUUCGACGAGUACUUUCACAAGGAAAAAACGGCUGGCACCGGUACGCGGGCUAAAGGGGCGCAUCUCUGGAUCCAGUAGUACCUCGGCUGCGGAGUAGUGCCUUUCGUGCCGGUUCUCUUCUAGCGUACAACUUCUCCUCCUUUUCCCUUCCCCGUUUUUUGGUCCUACGAAAAGUUCCCCUCUCGCGAACCAAGAAGCACAUUGACUCUCUCGUUCGUCUAUUUGACUCGUCGCACACGGCGAAGGGUAUCCUCGCUCCACCUCCACCUUCGGCUUCUCCUCCCUACUACCCUUCUCUUCUUCCUCCUACUCUUUCGCUCGUUUACCCCCGCCAUUUUCUCCGCUUCUGCCGUAGCCGGUCGCCGAGGGAAUAUUCUUCACGGUUCGUCGACAGCCAGUCAGUGCGCGACUCGUCGUUGUUGCGACGGUUGGCGAGGAGGAGAGUGUUGUAUACGUGAUAUUUUUGUUUCGUGGAAAAUUAUGCUCGUGACGAAUCGUCGUGCUCCUCGUCGACGUAGUGACUCGUGCGCCGCGAACGAACGCUCAACACGAGCGUAAAGUGAGAAGAUCCCCGUAACGCAUUCGAUUGAAGAGCGGGCCGAAAAUCAUCAUCGACACAGUAGAGUACAUACACCGUAUACUAUACGCACAGAGAACGGAGAGAUUCCGAUUCAGUAGGAGAAAAAAAAUAAGAGACGUCAUACGAAGGAUCGCAAACCUGUGUGUAUUUUUUAUAGAUCCUACGCACAACACAACAUUAUCCCGUCGCCGAUCCCUGGACGAGAAGCUGUUCUACGACUCUCAGCGUCCCACGGAUAAUGGAAUAAAGUGUGUCACACAGUGUUUCAGUGAUCGCGCGUGAUUUUCAUCUGUAUAUUUCUCGCGGCAAUCGUGAAUACCUUUUUUUCCCUCCGUUCGGAUAUACAUGAUACAUGUAUGUACCAUCAUUCGUUUCGUUUUUUUUUUUUCUUCUUGCUUGAGUGUAUAUAGUGCGACAGACCAAGAGAAGUGACCCGCGAGGCUCGUUCGACCGCGAGAGUUAGCUUCGUUCUUGUUUCAUUUUUUCUCGCGGUUCCUUCGUACCUUGCGUGAAACGAGAAGAAUUAAGAAAGACAAAGUUGUCGACGGGAUCAAACAGCACCGUUGCGUUAAGCGGCGUGGUGUUGUCGAAACGGGAGAGGAAAGAUAGAGAAAACGGGGUGCGUGACUCGUACCUCGUAAGUGGUAAUCGGUGGCUAUGCAGCCUCGCGAAAUCACGGCGAGGAGGUAACGCCGACGAGCACACCAGAGCACCACGGUCCACACACCUCCGCCGAAGAGAAUACCGGCGGCGUGUAAACAUCGAACGAAACAACCACCAAACAUGUGGACCACGAUGCUCGUGUGGACGGUCGCCGUCGUGCUUCUACCAGCACCCCGAGCGGUAAACGCAUCCGGGGUGUUCGAGUUAAGGCUGAAGUCAUUCGUGAACGAGUACGGUAAAGAUAGUCUUGGCAAGUGCUGUUCAGGCAGCACUUCCAAGACCGGCGAGUGCUCGGGCGUUUGUAAGACCAAGUUCAGGGUAUGCCUGAAACAGUAUCAAGUGAAGAUCGACACGACGACGCCGUGCACCUACGGCGACGUCGUUACACCGGUGCUGGGCGAGAACAUCGUUAACCUCAGCCCCAACGUCGCCUUGCCGAGCUUCACCAACCCCAUCAAAUUUCCAUUCGAGUUCACCUGGCCGGGUACAUUCUCGCUGAUAGUGGAAGCUUAUCACGACGCAGACAACACGACACACCACUUAGCCGAGAAAGUAUUGAUAACGAGGCUGACCACGCAGAAAUGGUUAGACGUGGGGCCGAAUUGGACGGAGGACGAGUACAGGAGUGCGCAUUCGAAGAUGGUGUACGAGUACCGAGUGACCUGCGUGGCCCAUUACUACGGGAAGGGCUGCGAGAACUUGUGCAGGCCGAGGGACGACAACUUCGGUCAUUACAGCUGUAGUCCGACCGGUCAACGCGUCUGUCUAUCUGGAUGGAAGGGUGACUACUGCAACACCGCCCGCUGCCUGCCCGGAUGCGACGAGCAGCACGGACACUGCAAUCGACCCGACGAAUGCAUAUGCCACAACGGCUGGAAGGGAGCGUACUGCGACCAGUGCGUGAGAUAUCCAGGCUGCCUUCAUGGUAGUUGCCAAAAACCCUGGGAGUGCCUGUGCGACGAAGGCUGGGGCGGGCUGUUCUGCAACCAGGACCUGAACUAUUGCACGAAUCACAAGCCCUGCAUGAACGGCGGCACCUGCUUUAACACCGGCCAGGGUUCGUACACCUGCUCGUGCGCGCCAGGCUUCACCGGCACUGACUGCCAGACGCCGCUUUUGGACUGUCACUCGAAACCCUGUCUGAACGGUGGUUCCUGCAACAUGGAGCCAUCCUACAGCAAUUCUAGCCUCGCCACUGGCAUCGGUGUCCCUAAAACGUCCGUGGACGCAUCAUCAUCGAGACAACAUCAUCGUGCUGCUUAUCGUUGCACCUGUCCGCCCGGUUGGCGCGGUCGACACUGCGAGAUCACCUCAAGAUCCUGUCGAGAUUCGCCCUGCCAUCAUGGAGCCACCUGCGAGGACGACUCUCUUCGCGGCUACGUGUGCCGUUGCAUGGCAGGUUACACGGGGAACGAUUGCGAGUCCCAUCUCGUCGAGUGUUCCCCGAAUCCGUGCGCGAACGGUGCCACCUGUACGGACAUCGUGAACCCCUUUGGCUACCGGUGUUCCUGUCCUGCGGGCUUCACCGGCGAACGCUGCGAGACCAACAUCGACGACUGCCAAGGUGAUCCCUGUCUGAACGGUGGAACUUGCAUGGAUCUGAUCAAUCAGUUUCGUUGCCAGUGCGUGCCCGGUUACGUAGGUAGACUCUGCCAGGACAAGGUGGAUUACUGUUUGGCUAAACCGUGCGCGAACGGGGGUCGGUGUAUCUCGGGGACGAACGAUUACCGGUGCGCGUGCCGACCCGGUUUCACGGGGAAGGACUGUAGCGUGGACGUGGACGAGUGCAGGAGUGCACCGUGUAGAAACGGUGGGACUUGUCUGAACCGAGUGAACGGAUUUCUCUGCGAGUGCCCCGAGGGUUGGCACGGUAACACUUGCGCGGAAGAGGUAGGAAGCGGAACGGCUAUCCUGCCGGCAGCAGCCGUGGCUGCCAGCUCUCCGUCGAACACGGCGGCUGCUGUCCCCGCGGUACCACCCUCGGGGGCCAGCUAUUGGUCGGGAAAUUUGUCGAAGCACGUAGCAUCCGCGGAACCCAGAGACGCGGGCUUGACCACCGAACACGUGGUGGUGAUAGCCACUCUCUCGACAGCUGUACCGGCGUUCGUUUUGGUCGCGGCCGUCGCCGUGAUGUGCAUGAAGAGGCGACAGAAGAGGGAACAGGCAAAGGCCGACGAAGAGGCAAGGCUGCAGAACGAACGGAACGCUGUGCACAGCAGCAUGAGCAAAAGAAGCGGCGGUGUGAUGGGAGGUGUUGGCGGAGGCGCUGGGGUUGGCCCGACCGGAGGCGGCGGAGUCGGAAUCGGUAGCGUCGGUCUACUCGGCGGAGGUGGAAGCGGUAUGAUCAGCGGCGGUGGCGGUGGCAGCGUGUGCACCCUGGGCACCGGGGAUGCUCACAUGAUAAAGAACACAUGGACGGCGAACAAGAGCGUGAACAACGCCGCGUCCGCCAGACAGGACGACCUCGACUCCUCGUUUCAAACGGACGUCACGCUGGAUAGCUCUUGCUCGGGUUACAAGCCAGAACCGGUGCUGCAGGACGGUCGAACGCGGACAACGAAGCAACUGAACACGGAGGCGGCGGCGCAUAGGGCGUCCCAUCUCUUCCAGAAGGAGAAGGAUUGCCUCGGUCUUGGUCUCGGGAUAGGCGUCGGUGUCGGCGUCAUUGAGAGUGCCAAGAGGUCGUCCGUGUUCGCGAGUAACACGACGACGGACAGUUGUUGCGCGGCGGAAGCAGCGUUGCUUAAGAGGCCGACCACUAUCACGGAGGGUGGCAGUGGUCCACCGGGUAGCGGUGGGGGCGCCACCGAGACCGGCUGUGGGGUUUACGUGAUAGACGAUCAUUACAGGCACGACGCGUCGUUGGCGGCUACGCUCGCGACGGAAGUGUAGUUUCGUCUACCCGCAGAGCCAGCCGACCAACUCUGGACUCUCUUAUUAUUAUAAUACCUUUCUCUUCCUCGCGAUGAAAGCUGUGUAACCCCGUGACUCACGCGCACAAACUCUUGUGUUUCUCUUACGUUCGUCACUGUUCGCGUACCAACGCGACACCACACCACCAUCGCCCUACCCCCGUGAAGGCUCUCCGUUAUGGGCCAGCGGGUGAACGGGCGUGCAUGCGUGCAUGCGUGCGUGCGUGCGUGCGUGCCUGUGUUCUCUUCGCGAUUCCUUUGUUUCUCUCCCUCCCGUUGCGCAGGACGUCGCGCGUGAGAACGUUCCACCGGACUUUGCCAGCACGCUGGCAAGGAAGAAGUUGACGCGCGCGUUCCGCCGGACGAUCGCGCGGACGAUCCAUGUCGACGGGGCGGACGACGGGGCUAGAGGAACGCGCGCACGCCUCUCUUCAGUCCUUAGAAGAAGAAGAAGAAGACGAAGAAGCAACGGAACGAUAAGAAGACGAUGAAGAAAAUAAAAUGAAGAGACUUUUAGUGAGGAGCUCGACGGUUGGAGCAAAUGGAAAAUAUAUAUGUAUAAAAUAUAUAUGUACGAAAAUGCUGUGGAGGCGGACGAUGGCGGAUAUCGUCGUCCGACCCGUUCUUAGGUAUUAAUAUUAUUAUUAUAUCAUGUCCGAAGCAAAACUUUGUACAGAACUAAUUUAUUAUUAUUGUUAUUUACUAUUAUUACUAUUUGCUAUUAUUAUUAUUAUUCUAAUUAUUAUUAAUAUUAUUCUAUCGUAUCCCAUUAUCAUUGUUCCGAUAAUUCUUUCUUUCUUUCUCUCUUUCCUUUCUUUUCUUUUCUUUUCUUUUCAUUUCUUUUCUCUAUUUCGAAUCGCGUGACUGAACUUUUCUCUCUCCGUGGCUAAGAGAGACGCGUUCGAGGAUACUUACAAUUUUUCUUUUUUGCGAGCGAUAGCGAUACACCCAGCGUGCAUGCAUCGAGAGUACGCGUGUCUGUCUGUCUGAGUGAUUGUGUUUCAUAUGUGUAUAUAGAUAUAUAUUAUGUAUAUGUAUAUGUGUGUCCGUCUGUUCGCGCGAGCUAACUGUGAGAGAGAGUAGACGAGUAACGAGUCGAGAGAGGAGAGCGUUUGUAUGUACCGUGCGUAUAUAGUUACGAGCGAGAAAGUUUACGACGAAUUAGGAUUCAAACGAUGUCGCCCCUUCGUGAGAUUUUUUUUCGGCCUUUCGGGUAACGUUGUCUUUUUUUUUCGACGUACAACGAGAUAUCGGUUCUUUAAUUUUCUUUUUUUAUUUAUUUUUUUUGUUCGCUUCGUCCUCGGGGACGACGUCGCGCGGACCUAGACCCGAGGAGUUCGCGAGGAAAACGAUUUCUGGAUCGAGUCCCGAGAUAAUUUGACGAACAAACGAACACCGGAAGCACUGGAACAAACUCUGCCCGGCACUCUAGGAUUCCCAGUUCUCCUCGCAACCCCAUUGUGCCGGGUCGUCGAGCGCUUAACACAUAAAUUCAUGUUUUAGCCCUGAACCAUCUAUCCAAUGAUCACUAACAACCAGCUAGAGAGACGAGAAGUCGACGUUUCUUCGAAUUUCGUCCCUCUCAGCGUACGCGUGAUUCGAUCCGGAAGUCGUCACUGUUCCUUCGACGAAUCCCUCGCGCCGCGGACACCGCCCACCCCCUAAUGGAAUCUCACUAAAAUCAAAAUUCACGCUCGAUUCCCGCCAUAACGCCACAUUCUAAACCGUGUUUCUCUCUUUUUUCUUUGUAAAAAGUUUUUCAAAAGAAAGCCUACAGGACAUUCUUCCAAAGGAUUCCGCAUUAAAAUCAUCGAAAUUUGAAAGGUAUAGCAAUGAAUUUCUUUAUAUUCUAUCUUUACAUUUUAGUAACCUUUUAGGGAAAACGACCCGUAGGUUUUCCUUUGUUCAACUUUAGAAAUCUUUUCGUGUGAGAGCCUCCGACGAUACGACGCAUCAUACAGUGAAACAUUACUCGCGAUAUGUAUAAAUACAGGUAAAUAAAUGAAUAUAUAAAUAUAUAUAGAUAGAAGAAUAUAUAUGAAAAAUAUAUAUAUAUAUAUGUAAAUGAGAAACCGGCGUCGUCAACGGCGUUUCGACGACGGGACGGGUUAUUCCAGAUUUUCGAGAUCGAAGUUUGCGAGAAAUCUUAUUUUCCCAGGUGAUCAUAUUUUUUAACACUUUGACAAUCGCCGUCACGUGGAAUUUUUACACUAUCAUUCUCUACUAUAUUUUGUAUUUAUUGUAUUAUGUAUAUCUUCGAAGAUGAAAAGGAACUUGAAAUUUCAAUAUGCUCGUCAAAGUGUUAAAAUUCAAAUCAACCUCGAUGCACCUUUUGCUAUAAAUAUUUUGAGAUUCAAUUUAAAUUAAAAAAGAGAAAUUUUAUCUGUCAUCGUUCUUUUAGUGACUCCUUGACUGUUGUGGAGGGCCACCUGAAACUUAAUCAAAGAAAUGAAUAAUUUUAAAUAUUUCGCGGAUUAAAAAAAUAAUCAAGUACGUCUAUUUUCAAAAUUAAAUUUGUCUAAAAAAAAGAAAAGAAAAGGAAUUAUUUUCUCGCCAACUUCGUCCACGAAAGCGCGAACAAAUGACGAUUAUGUGUUGUUAUCGCACGGUUGAUGAUAAUUAAUUUAUUUAUAUGGAUGAUGCUGCCGAACAAACGGUAACGAUGAACGAUGCUGCUGUUUAUUAACGAUGUAACAAUGAUCGACAAUUACACGAAAACACACACAUACACGUACACACUACGACGCUACUUGUCCGAUGAUCAAUUAACGCCGGUGGUGAUAAUAUAUUGCUGAUAGUGAUGAUCACGAUAAUAAUUGUAGAAACGUACGAUGACGAUGUAACGAAUAAAGAUUCGAAUGAUGUUCCUGUUAAUAAAUAAUAAUGAUAAUUAAAUAAACGAUUACGAGUCUACCAACACUAAGUCAGGUCACAUUUUCUUUUUGUUUUUUUACUUUUAUUUUUUUUUUUUUCGUUCUCGUUGGGAAGAGGAGUCUCGCUCGUGGGAAAAGUGAGAAUAAUUAUCAUCGAAAUUUGUAUAAAUAAGAAGAGAAUAAGUACAGCGUGGAUCUAGAUCGAUUAAGCACCGAUUAAUCGAUCGUUCAUUCACCGGCGCCAACACUGGCUGGCCGUAAUUAAACGAGAAUCACGUACGUAUUAAAAUGAUUAUAGUAUAUGGAAUAGAAUGUGUAAUAAAGCUGUUGUCAUCUUUUUGUA